GGAGGAAAAGAGCAGAAAAAAAAGAAGAAGAAAAAAGGUUCAUCAAAUUAUGGAACCCGUGCCGAGGCCAACGACAGGCCCUCUUCUGCACGUCGGGUACCUAGACGAUCCCCUGACGUCUUGUCCCAUUUUCCCCAGCCUCUUUGUGGGGUUUUCAUCACUCACUCACUCACUCACUGAACUCGUCUCUAGACUCCUUGCACAUGCUUUUUGUGGGUAUAGACCGAGGUGGACUUUAGAAUGUGUGGACAAUAAACCUUUGGACCAAGCCUUGCCCCCUCAGUUAGGAUAUCUUUAUUAUAAAAAACCUGCCCUUUUCUCUCCCUGUGCAUCCAUUCCGACUCUUCUCUCCUCCCCAUCGCAUUUUACUCUCGCUAGUACACAACCAGACCAUUCACUCAGCAGAUAACAAAACGAAAAAAAGCAUCCUGUAUAAGACACCAUUAAUCUUUGCUUUUUUUUUUGUAUAACCUACACAUUAAAAAAAAAAACCCAACCAAACACUCAAAAUGAAGUACACCGCCGUCCUCGCAGUCCUCGCCGGCAUUGCCGCCGCCCAGAGCAUCAACGAUGUUCCCGAGUGCGCCCGCUCCUGCAUCAGCACCGCCGCCACCGCUGCCGGCUGCGGCUCCACCGACCUGGCCUGCAUGUGCGAGAACCGUGACAAGAUCGUCUCGGGACCUGCCGCCUCCUGCGCCCUGAGCUCGUGCGGAGACAAGAUUGGCGAGGUCCUCACCUCCCUGACCAGCCUCUGCGCCGCCGUCGAGGCCGGCGCCGGAGCCAGCAGCGCCGCGCCCCCCGCAUCAACCGCCGCUCCCCCGGCGUCGUCGUCGUCGUCGUCGUCAUCUGCUGCUGCUCCUCCGGCCUCGUCGUCUGCCGCCCCGCCCGCAUCGUCGGCCGUUGCCUCGUCGACCCACGGCUCCACCUCAACCGCAGCCCCGGCCACCUCCACCAAGGCCACCACCACCGCCGCUUCGUCCGGCUCAGCCCAGCCCACCUCGGGCAGCGGCAGCGCCAGUGCUCCCCCUACCUCCCCCACCGCUGGUGCUGCCACCAUCGGCUUGAGCGGCUUCGCCGUCCUUGCCCUUGGUGCCCUCGCUCUGUAA